AUGGUUAAGGCCUGGGGUUACGCGACAUAUGUCGUGACUUUCUUCUGUGGGCUGAUAGAUGCUAUGGAGAACGCGGAAGAGAAGAUAUACGAAGCUGAAUUGAAGGAGGCUUGGAAGAUUGUCGACUUGUAUCGUAGCUACCAGAGCGAGCUCAGCUAUACAAUGGACGCGUUCCUCGACUUGGAAUUAGGCCACGCUCUUCCUGAACGAACCUGGGCCCCAAUCCCAGGUCCAGUCGAUUACGACAGAAUCCUCGAGGUUGAAGAAUCGAUUUUUCGCCCAACACAGCACAACAAAGGUCGCGAUGUACCUCUCAUCACUCCUCUCUUCAUCUUCCUCACUCUACAUAUCCUCGGUUUGCAAGAAGAAGGAUUUCCGCCCAAGUGGUUGUCGCUGUGGGAUAGAUUCAAGCCGGACAAGAAAUUCUGCUAUUCAUUUCCCAAUGAUAAGCCGUUGAAACAGAAAGAGAUUGCUAUCAAGGACAAGGGUGGAGCGGUUUGGGUGCGAAGGUAA